AUGGAAGACAAAGAAAUUCGACGGCCUUUAGCAAAUUUGUCAAAUGUUAAUACACCACAGUCGUGCGUUGUGGAUCAAAGCGGGUUGUCGCCAAAUAUGGAAAUGCAACGUGGAUUGAUGGCAGAUUUUGAUAACGUGGUCCAUGAUACUACCUCAAAGCUGACAAUUCGUGCUGAUUAUUACGGUGAUAUUGGUGAUCAAAUGUAUUCGUGUCAGCACUGUGGAGCUAUGUUUUGGUUAGAGGAGCGUGUUAAUAAAUCUUCCGGUGUUCGGAAUCCAAAAUAUUCACUAUGUUGCAGUCAUGGAAAGAUCAAGUUGGCACCUACAAAUAGUCCACCUACUGCCAUAGGGCAGUUAGCAAUUAACAAUGGUAGUGCACCACCAGUCUUUAGACUACAUGGUCAAAAUUUUCACUUGAUGGGUAGUUUGCUACCAGGAGCUGGCGAUCGUCCAAAGUUUGCUCAAUUGUAUAUUUAUGAUACUGAGAAUGAGAUAAACAAUCGUCUAAGUGCACUUGGAGAAGAUGAUUCUACGACUACAUUGCAUUAUGAAAUUGUUAAAGACAUUAAAGAUGCAUUAGAUGAGAAUAAUAUUUUGGUCAAGAGUUUUCGCAUGGCAAAAAUGGAGAUGGAAAGUAAUCCUAGAAGAGAUAUUAAAAUAAAACUCACCGGAAGGAGGAACAAAGAUGCAAGGACAUAUAACUUGCCACAGGUUGGAGAAGUGGCUGCUCUGAUUGUUGGUGAUUUAGAUCCAGACAUGGGGGAACGAGAUAUAUUGGUGGAAUCUAAACCUGGUCAUUUUCAAAGAAUAACUGAAUUACAUCCAUCCUAUCUACCAUUGCAAUACCCAUUACUCUUUCCUUAUGGUGAAGACGGUUACAGAGAAGACAUACAGUUUAACAAUGUUGCAGGUCAGAGUUCGAAUGCAAGAAGUAAACUUAGUCCCAGGGAGUAUUUUUCAUUCCGUUUACAAGAUAGGUUCAAUGAAAUGUCAACAUUGCUUUAUUCUAGAAGGUUGUUUCAGCAAUAUUUGGUAGAUGCUUAUACCAUGAUAGAAUCAGGACGCUUGGUUUAUAUUAGGACUCAUCAAAAGUCACUGCGAUGUGAAUCAUAUAAAUGUUUGACAGAUGCGUUAACACGUGGUGAAGUAGAUCCUACAGCCCAAGGAAAGCGUAUCAUUUUGCCAUCGAGUUUUACCGGAGGAGCAAGAUAUAUGGUGCAAAAUUAUCAAGAUGCAAUGGCAAUUUGUAGAUGGAUUUGUUAUCCAAGUCUAUUUAUUACAUUCACAUGUAAUCCCAAGUGGCCUGAGAUUGAAAGGUUUUUACAACCAAGGAAACUCAAAUCUGAAGAUAGACCGGAUAUUAUUUGCCGUGUGUUUAAAAUGAAAUUAAAUGCACUGAUAAAAGAGAUCCAGAAAGAGAACAUCUUUGGAGUUGUUGAUGCAGUAAUUUACACAAUUGAAUUUCAAAAAAGGGGAUUGCCACAUGCUCACAUUUUGAUAUUCUUGGCCAAGAGUAACUCUUAUCCUACUGCAAAAGACAUUGAUAUGAUAAUAUUUGCUGAGAUCCCAAGUGAAUUGUACGAUCCAGAAUAUUACAAAGCUGUGGAAGAAUUUAUGAUUCAUGGUCCAUGUGGUGCAGCGAGGAAGAAUUCACCUUGCAUGGUAAAUGGUAAGUGCUCUAAAUUCUACCCGAAAAAAUUUGUUGAAAGCUCUACAGUGGAUUUUGAUGGAUAUCCGAUAUAUCGCCGUAGAGAUAAUGGUCGUACAAUAAGGAAAAAUGGAAUUGCCCUUGAUAAUAGAUAUGUAGUUCCACACAAUAGACAUUUGCUGAUGAAGUACAGGGCUCAUAUUAAUGUGGAGUGGUGCAACCAAUCUAGAUCAAUAAAGUACUUAUUCAAGUACGUGAACAAGGGUAAUGACAGGGUCACAGCUGAAUUUUACAAUAGUGCGGUUGAAGAAUCUACUGGAAAGGUUAUAGAUGAAAUCAAGAUGUACUAUGACUGUAGAUAUAUUUCGCCGUGUGAGGCCGCUUGGAGGAUAUUUGCAUUUGACAUACAAUUUAGGAAUCCAUCUGUUGAGCGUUUGAGUUUCCAUCUUCCAAAUGAGCAUUCAGUAAUAUUUCAGGAUGAUGAUUUGGUGGAUGAUGUUGUAAAUUGA